AUGGCAGCUAUUAUCCAGUCACAACCCACGACGAAGCUACUCGUUGGCCUCUUCUUUCUGUGUUUGGCAGCUCUGAUUCAUGCCGAGCCAGACUACUCUCGACACCCCCGUGAUAUCUCGAACUCGUACUCGAAUUUGAACGUUAAGCGUCAGAACUCUUCAAUUGGCGAUGCAUGGCGCGAUAUCGUUUUCAGCCCAGGCCAUCAGAACCCGGCCAAAUCGCCGGCUAUUCCUAUGCCCAACAUUGAGAACACUACCCUCACCUUUAACAAUUCCGUGUCUGCGUUCAACCCCAGGGAUGUGAAUAUACAUUCAUUGCAGCGACGUGAUGCCCUACGCUGUGAUAGUGCCCCAUGUAUCGACGGGAGCACCGCAGGUAUCUGUGGCUAUGGCCCGUCAUACUGCGGUGCCGGCAACUGUACUUCAUAUUGUGAGGCUACCGCCAUGUGUGGAGAAUUUAGCGAAAACGCCGACGUGCCAUGUGGCAUGCAGCUCUGCUGUUCGUCCUCGGGCUGGUGUGGUACUACAGAGGCUUUUUGCCACAACGCUGAUCCAGUGCACAAAACUUUGCCAUGUCAGGCCGGAUACGGCUCAUGCGCUAUUUCCCCAUCGCCCUCUUGUGAUUCUGAGGGCAACAGUACCGAUGGACGCACUAUAGGAUAUUAUCAGUCCUGGAACAUGCGCCAACGAAAGUGUGAUACACGCUCGCCAGUGCAGCUUAAUCUCAAGGGCUUCACUCAUCUAUUUUACGCUUUUGCAUUCAUCGACCCAACCUCCUUCCGGGUCGUACCCGCGCACCCGGACGACGAAUACUAUAUGAGAGACUUCACAGAUAUGUCAAAAGAUGGCUCGGUAGAGACUUGGAUCGCUAUCGGUGGAUAUGACUUCAGUGACAUCGGACCUACACAUACCACAUGGAGUGACAUGGUUUCAACCAAGGCGAACCGCGCCGCCUUUAUCGUUUCCGUUGAGGAAUACAUGCUCAACUACGGCUUCCAAGGAGUUGACAUUGAUUGGGAAUACCCCGGUGAACCAUUGAGAGGCGGCCGAAACCUCGUUGACACAAAAAAUCUUUCUCUGCUGGUACGAGAGAUGCGAGCAGCAUACGGCAACCGGUUCGGUAUUAGCGUGACGCUAGCUCCCGAUUACUGGUAUUUGCGAUGGUUUGAUGCGAAGGCUAUGGAGUCGAGCGUCGACUUUUUCGGAUUCAUGGCUUACGACCUCCACGGCUCCUGGGACUCAGACGUCCUAACGCUUGGUAAGAUAGUACGUGGCCAAGCAGAUAUUCGCGAGAUUCGCAACAACACAGUCCCACUAUGGUUCGAUGGUCUGGAUCCUAAGAAGAUCAACUUCGGCCUGGCUUUGUAUGGUCGCGGCUACACUUUAACUGACCCCAGCUGUAAUUCGCUCCAAUGUUCCUUCUCUGGCCCAAGCAAGCCAGCAGAAUGUACCAACUCUGAGGGUGUCAUGUCACUCUCCGAAAUCAAGCGGCUUGCCAAGGAGCGCAACAUCAAGCCGAAUUACCUAGAGGAGUCAAUGAUGAAGGAGCUCACAUGGGACGACCAGUGGAUAGGAUACGAUGACGAAGAGACAUUUGCAGCAAAAAAGAAAGUAGCGAAUAGCUUGUGCUUUGGCGGCACCAUGGUUUGGAGCAUCGACUUUCAGGAUGAUCCCUAUUAUUCGGAACCCGAUCAUAACGGAGACGACAUAGAAGUCCCUAUUAAUCCCGGUGAAGGAAGUGACGUACCCAUCGAGUGGAAUCCGGACUGGAACCCGGCAGAAUUCGGUACCCCUUUCACGGGUUUUGAUAAAUGUGAUUUCGAACAGAGUCUCCAUAUUCGCACGGCCUGGCAGGACGUGGUAAAGCUCGCCAAGAUACCUGCAGGAUUCAAUCUAGACCAAGGUUGGCUUUGUAAUGGGAUUUGUUCAGCUGGAACAUUGGAGAAGAGGAUUUGGGGAAGCGACAUCGCUAGUACCGGCCGACGUUAUGAUGUGGGAUUGAUACGAAAGAUUUUCAACAAUAUCAAAGAUUUAGGCAGCAAGACAACCCAAGGACAGAUCCGCAUCUCCUGCAUAGACCUGCCCCAACCCGGCGGCAUAGAACAGACGGCAUGUUAUAAGAUUGCAAAUGGCGGACUACCAACUGCUUACGCAUUUGCAACCAGUAAAAACUUUGAUGAUAACACGAUUGUUCUCUGCCCAAAAUUCUUUACGAAUUUUGAGCACCUGAGCGAGUUAGUAGGCCACAAACAAGCAUAUCCUUCAGAGACAAAGGAUACAGACAGAAUGGCAGGGAGAGCACAUAUAUUACUUCACGAACUCACACAUCUUGCCGCUAUAAAUGAGCUGUAUCCUCGUGUUGUAAUAGAUCAAAUCUACGACCCGUGGGUGUCUGCUGGAGAGUACGUCUAUGGUAUCAGGGAGGUAGAGAAGUUUGCACUCAAUAAAGCUGAUCGGACGUAUCUAAACGCCGAUAAUUACGCGUGGUACGCAACCACAAAGUACUUUGAGUCGAUCUUCGGCACUCCAAAAGCGGAGAAUCAAGGCAGAGGCGUAGAUCCCGAUCCCAACGAUCCUGAGGGCGAACCACCGGAGAGUAAGCCUUCAAAAGCUCUUAAUAUUAUUCUCGAAAAUAAGCGCAGAGGGGUGCCAAACGAUAACUCCGCUGAAGACGUGAUGAAUUGGCUCUUCUAUUCCGUCCCUCAAGGGACAUCAUCGACAUGUAGUGAUGAUCCAACCCCAGUUACUGUAGCCCCAGCCACGGGUAUCACGCAGACGAAUAACCCGCCAUAUCCUGCUGGGAUAUUCGAUGUCAAGACUCAAGAUGGAGACUGCCAAUACAAGAACGAUGGGACUGGAAAUCCGGGUGCGGUGUGGUGUGGCGACAAUGGACACAACUCUGCCGCCGCUGGAGUCACCGAAGCCAAAGCUGCCAUCGAAGAAGGGAAAACACUGCAGGCCCGAGCGGAUGUUACCAGAGGUCUCCUGGGAAAGAUGACGUUGACGUUCUCGGGAGGUGCCAGGAGGGUGGUUGUCAGAGGCAUCGUCGAAAUCCUGACGCAGCAUUUUGCCUCUAAUACUCUGAUACAAUCCGUGAAAAUCCAGUUCAACGUUAUGAGAUGGAUGGCGCAAACAUUGGCUGAAUGUGAUCGCGAAAAAUAUCAUAAAGUCCUUUCGGACUAUCUAAAGCUUGGAAAUACCGAAAGCUUCCGAUCUCCAAACCCUUCCUCGAAAUCCAGUCUAUGCCCAGGGCAAGCCAUGUUGAGAAGCCCACCCAAAGCCGCCCUUUCUUUCUUGCGCACUCUCUAUACUCUUCCAACUACCAAGCUCGAGAGAAAAACCUCAACCUAUUCACAACCAGCGCCCAAAUUUAAUCAGCUCAGUCGUCGUAUAUCUUCACUCUCAAGAUCUUCCUCUGCCAGCCAAUCGUCCCCUACAUCACCAUCACCGCCUCCUAUCUUCAGGACGCACUCGUCCAUGUCCUCGGAUGAUCUUUUAGAAACCGAGGAGUCCAAAAGACCUGGUCAAGAAAUUCGUUGUUUAGAAAGGAGAAGUAAAGGAAUAUCACAGCAAGAUCCAGAGUUCAUGCGCGCGAAGAAAUUGCUGUUCUAUUACAAUAAUCGAGACACGCUACGAGAAAAAGGUACUGAAGCGCUGAGUUUAUCACAGGAAAAGGUUGAUAGAGCUUUCACCGAACAGGCGAAAAGUAUAUUGAUGGAGAGGGAGAGUUCUUCUGGUGGGCUGCUUAGAAUCCCACGCGGGUAG